AUGACUGCUAGAGACCCGAUCAUGAAUAAAGAAUCAAAGGUGGUAGCAAAAUCACCGGCCAGAGAACAAGCUAAGAAAGAACCAUCAAAGAUAAAGGCGAAAUCUUCGGCCAGAGAUCCAGCAAAGAAGGAACCAUCAAAAAUCAAGGCAAAAUCUUCGGCCAGAGAUCCAGCAAAAAAGCAACCAUCAAAAAUAAAGGCAAAAUCUUCGGCCAGAGAUCCAGCGAAGAAGGAAGGACCACAAGUAGUCAUGCCACCAGCCAAUCGAAAAUCCCAGUGA